GGCUCACUAAGUCUCCUCCAAUAACAACUAGUCCCCGAAAACCAGAUCCAUUAGCACUGGAAACUAGACUCAAGCUAACAAAUCAUUUCAAGAGGGAGAGGUCUAUAGUGUCAGACAGUGGGUAUGAUGUCUAUACUGCAGGCAAGGAAGAGAACAGCUUGCAGUCUGAUAGCAGUAGUGAAACAAGUGAACCAGUUAAAGAUAGCCGCAAAUCCAUCGACAAUAACCCUCCCCUCAAGUUCAAUAGAGCAUUUAGCUUAAGACGAGCUCGUUUGACAUGUGAUGAAACAGCUCAGCAGCUCAAGUCACCUUUACCUGUAGAUAAGAAAAAGAUUGCCAGACCCUCAAGUGCUGGUAACAUAACAGGAAAUCGCAAGAUUCCUGUGAGCCAGAGCAAAAGUCAUCAGGUAGGACAGACACCUCGAGGUGGUUCUCACUCACAGGCAACAACUCCUAAGAGUGGCUCCAGUGAUUUCAGUAGAGGAGAUGGUGGAAGGUUUAGUUUACGAUUACCUCAUUCUGGAUCUUCAACAACGGUCACUAAAUCCCCAUCACGAACAUGUGUUAAAAAGGAGCUCUCAUCUGGUACUGCAAGAAGAGGUGCACCUCGCUCCAAUUCGACUCUUUCUGCAAAAGAAGUUGACUUUCAGAAUUGGAAACGUCGUAAAAAUUAUGAUCCUAUGAAAGCAGCAGCUGAGGGGCGAAAAAAAGCAGGUGACAAGAAAAAUGAUAGAGAGUCUCAAGGCAGUACCCUAACCACAUUGGAUAGAUCCCCCAGUCCACCCGGGUCCUUGUUGCGUUCAGCAUCUUUCCAUGGUACUGAAGGAAUGGGAGUUUGUGGUCGCUGGCCCAGAAGACCAAACCAUCUCUAUACAAGUGAGGAUGAUGGUCCCUAUUCACUAGAGGAGGAGCAAUCUCAUCCUGUACCGCACUGCUCUCCACUACAAAGAUCUCCAACUUCUCCACACCAUUUGUCAUCGCCACACACCACCUCUCCUGCACAUCACACAGCAUUAACCUCAACACGUGGUCGAAGAGCAUCAUAUGCCCUCUCAGAUGAAGGUGAAGGCCAUAUGGGCUCCCCAACCAGAAAG